AAGGCACGGUGCCCUCGAGGUUGGCAGCCUCGGUGGUUUCUUCUCUGUGGGGGAAUACUAUCCUAUUACGACUCUCCUGAAGAUGCCUGGAAAGGUUGCAAAGGGAGCAUCCAAAUGGCAGUCUGUGAAAUCCAAGUUCAUUCAGUAGAUAACACACGCAUGGACCUGAUAAUCCCUGGAGAACAGUAUUUCUACCUGAAGGCCAGAAGUGUGGCUGAGAGACAGCGGUGGCUGGUGGCCCUGGGGUCGGCCAAGGCUUGCCUGACAGACAGUAGGACCCAGAAGGAAAAAGAGUUUGCUGAAAACACUGAAAACCUGAAAACCAAAAUGUCAGAACUAAGACUCUACUGUGACCUUCUUGUUCAGCAAGUAGAUAAAACAAAAGAAGUGACCACAACUGGCGUGUCCAAUUCUGAGGAGGGAAUUGAUGUGGGAACUCUGCUGAAAUCAACCUGCAACACUUUUCUGAAGACCUUGGAAGAAUGCAUGCAGAUCGCAAACGCAGCCUUCACCUCUGAGCUGCUUUAUCGCACCCCCCCAGGAUCGCCACAGCUGGCCAUGCUCAAGUCCAGCAAGAUGAAACAUCCUGUUGUUCCGAUCCAUAAUUCAUUAGAAAGGCAAAUGGAAUUGAACAAUUGUGAAAAUGGAUCUUUAAAUAUGGAAAUAAAUGGUGAUGAAGAAAUCCUAAUAAAAAAUAAGAACCCCAUAUAUUUGAAAUCUGCAGAGAUAGACUGCAGCAUAUCAAGUGAAGAAAACACAGAUGAUAAUAUAACAGUCCAAGGUGAAAUAAUGAAGGAAGAUAGAGGGGAAGACCUGGGAAAUCAUGACAGCUCCUUGGUUCAGCAUGGAUCGGAUUCCUCAAGUUACUCUUCAGAAUCCCUCCGGGAAGAAGGCAAAGAAGUUAUCCCAACUUUCUUCAGUACCAUGAACACCAGCUUCAGUGACAUUGAACUUCUGGAAGACAGUGGCAUUCCCACAGAAGCAUUCUUGGCAUCAUGUUAUGCUGUGGUUCCGGUACUAGAUAAACUUGGCCCUACAGUGUUUGCACCUGUUAAAAUGGAUCUUGUUGGAAAUAUUAAGAAAGUAAAUCAGAAAUACAUAACCAACAAGGAAGAGUUUACUACGCUCCAGAAAAUAGUGCUGCACGAAGUGGAGGCCGACGUGGCCCGGGUUAGGAACUCUGCUACCGAAGCCCUUUUGUGGCUGAAGAGAGGUCUCAAAUUUUUGAAGGGAUUUUUAACAGAGGUGAAAAACGGGGAAAAAGAUAUCCAGACAGCCCUGAAUAACGCAUACGGUAAAACACUGCGGCAGCACCACGGCUGGGUGGUUCGAGGGGUUUUUGCGUUAGCUCUGAGGGCAGCUCCAUCCUAUGAAGAUUUUGUGGCUGCGUUAACCAUAAAGGAAGGCGACCACCAGAAAGAAGCUUUCAGUCUUGGGAUGCAGAGAGACCUCAGCCUUUACCUCCCUGCCAUGGAAAAGCAGCUGGCCAUCCUGGACACGUUGUACGAGGUCCAUGGGCUGGAGUCUGACGAGGUGGUAUGAUGGCUGCAGGACGGCGCCUCACAACUUCAGGGAAUAAAGUUUGCAAAAGUUCUUUGUUGCCCUACUUAAUUUCCAGCAACAGCUUCAGCCCUCUCCAGUCCCUUUACUUGAGGGGGAUGGAGAGGAGGAGGCAAAACCCAGUGCUUUUAUAUAUGAUUUUUUUAAAUGCAUAUAUGUUUCGUGUUUUUAAAAAUCAAGGUGCUAUAUAUUUCAGUUCUACAGGCCUACUGGAAACCAAAUCAUUGCUACUAUAGACUUGAACAGCAAGUUUUAAGAGCAGAUUUGACAAAUGAAUAUGUUGUUAUUGUGUUUUGUAUUGGGUUUAGUUUUUAAUAGGCUGCUGAAACCCAAGCUGGAAAGAAACAGAUUCUGUAUCAAGGAUUACGCAUAGUCAGUGUUUUAGCCAACUUAGAAUUAGACUCGCAGUGUGAGUUCCUUUGUUGACAUGAUCACAACACAGCGUUGGUACUCCCAAGAUGUUUUCCAGUGGAUCCUCUUCUCCAUGGCUCGGUUGGUGAGAAGAGCCUAUGUGGUGAAAAUGUUGAGGUCAUUGCAUCACCAUUUGAUUAUGGGAGAUGAAGACAUGGACAGAGUGGCUGUCCUCCUGGUAGCAGGAGAAUGCAGCUACGGUGAGAUGAGCAGUGUGGAGCACAGUAUAGUGGGACAGGUCAUUUGUGAUGACACCUACCUAGUGCCCACCCUUUGCCAUCAUGUUUCCUGUGCAUGAUCACAAUGGGACAUCAUAAUGUAACCGUGAUAUUCAAAGGGAUUUUUACCCCAUUAUUACUUCCAAGGUUUGGAAGUUGAGGGAUCUGGUCCUGGUCACAUGGUCUCUAAGUACAGGAGCCAGGAUGAUUUGCAGGUGUGAUAUGGACCGCCUCAGCAUCAGUCACAUGGAUUGCAUGUUCAUAGGGCAGAUUCCCAGGCCUUUCCUUGCCCUGAAGAACUGGAAUCUGGAAGGUGGGACUAAGAAUCCACAUUUGAAUGAACUUCUCAAGUGAUUCUUAGGCACUUAGGCUGGAAGAACUGGUAGGUUAAAUUGUAGGUUAUCGAAUUCCUAGUCUUGCAGGAACUUAAUAAUAUGUCCUUUUUUUCAAAGGAAGAGGAAAUCAUUUAAAUAGUUAAAUGGAGAGUGAGAAAUGGAUCAAGUUUACUCAACAGUGUUCUUAGAGGAAACACUAUUGGCACCUGGCAGCAGGCCCCAGUAUUGUGUUCAGGGGCCACAACUUUGAAUCUGCGCUCUGUUCAGUCUUGGUUUAAUCACUAGGAGUACAGAGCAGGCUAAAUGGAGCUGCAUAUCAGCUCAGAAGUUGGGACAGUGUCAGAGUUUAAAGAUAGGACUUCAGUUAUUUCCUCCAACCACAUUGGGUUGGGUGUUCUCCUGCAGGGUGAUGUCCAUGCUGUGGACUCUAGACUCUCCAUAGACCAAGCUGCCUGGUGUGUGUAGGUGAGAAGCUGUGGGAGCCUUCUCCAUUAGAAGCUGUUUCCUUCUGGUAAUAGAAAGGGAGGAUCCGGCCUAAGGUAGCUCCUCCAGGUAGAAGGUGGGGUCCUCUGAAGAAUAGGGAAUUGAGUUGCUCUGGAUGCCCUGCCUGCUCUGCAUCCAUACUUGUCAGAGAGGUUCCUGUAGAGAGGGAUGUUAAUUUUGUCUUUGGUCUGUCUUUAAACAAAUGGGCAUUUAUUUAGCGCAAAUUAGUGAAGCAGGUAUUUUACCCAUAUAAGGACUUUUGGAAAAUACUCAAACUUAGAAAAGAACAAUGUAUAUUUAUUUGAAGGUCAAGGAGUCAAGGGAGCCAAGUGACGUGGUUCAUAUUGUAUUUUAGCAUUUGCUGUUGGCGGCUACUGAAGUGUGUUACUUUACUCCCGUGAGUACUUCGUGUCGCUUUCCUUUUCUGGCCAGUAUGAAUAUGAUGGUGGAACUAGGGCAUAAUUUAGACGUCCCGCCCUUGACAUAGCUGCAUAAAAGGGAAAGGGAAAAAGCAGGCAGGCUUUGCUUGUACUUUGAGGACACUUUAGGCCUGGUGCCCUCAGGAGGGGAUGCACCAGGAGGUGGUUAAGUGUUGUAAAGCAUGACCUUUCUGAGCACCUGCUGGUGCUCCUCGUCACCUCUGAUGAGCUUCUGUGGCCUCUGGGAAGAUGGGGGCUCUCUGAAAAUACCUCAGUUUGCCACAGAGACUGAGUACACA